UUAUUGACCAAUGAAAAGGUCAUAAAAUAGAUGGCGUGACGCGCUUCUCUGUCACUUCCUUUUUCAUGGAAACUAGCAAACUCUAGCAUUUUUGCUGCCUUGAGAGCUAGUUGGUGGCAAUAUGCAGAUCUUUGUUAAGACCCUUACGGGCAAGACCAUUACCCUAGAGGUUGAACCAGCUGAUACUAUAGAAAAUGUUAAGGCUAAAAUUCAAGAUAAAGAGGGAAUUCCCCCAGAUCAGCAGAGAUUGAUUUUUGCUGGUAAGCAAUUGGAGGAUGGCAGAACACUCUCCGACUAUAACAUUCAAAAAGAGUCCACACUCCAUUUAGUUCUGCGACUACGAGGUGGUGCCAAGAAACGCAAGAAGAAGAAUUAUACCACCCCAAAAAAACAGAAACAUAAGCGAAAGAAGGUCAAGCUUGCUGUACUGAAAUAUUACAAGGUUGAUGAAAAUGGUAAAAUCACCCGAUUGAGGAGAGAAUGCCCAAAUGAAGAAUGUGGAGCUGGUGUAUUUAUGGCCUCCCAUUUUGACCGUCAAUACUGUGGAAAAUGUUGCCUCACUUACGUGUUUAAUAAACCAGAAGACAAAGCCAAGGCCACCGGGAAAGGAAAGGGCAAAUAAGGAUAAUAAGAAAAUAAAAAUGUAAAAUAUA